GGGAGGAUGCCGGGGAAGCGGGGCUCGGCGGGCGGCGGCGGCGGCAGCGAGCUCCCGGGGGCCGGCGCGCCGCGGCAGCGCAGGCGGCGGAGGAAGGUCUCCUGCUUCUCCAGCAUCCAGCUCUUCCUGGUGUCCGAGUGCGCCCUGAUGCUGGCCCAGGGCACGGUGGGAGCCUACCUGGUGAGUGUUUUAACCACCUUGGAGCGGCGGUUCAACCUGCAGAGCGCCGACGUGGGUGUCAUCGCCAGCAGCUUCGAGAUUGGCAACCUGGCCCUCAUCCUCUUCGUCAGCUACUUCGGGGCCCGAGGACACCGGCCACGCUUGAUAGGAUGUGGAGGGAUAGUCAUGGCCUUGGGUGCCCUCCUUUCUGCCUUGCCUGAGUUUCUCACCCACCAGUACGAGUACGAGUCGGGGGAGAUCCGCUGGGGAGCCGAAGGGAGGGAUGUGUGUGCUGUCAAUGGGUCCAGCAGCGAUGAGGGACCAGACCCAGACCUUAUCUGCAGGAAUAGGACUGCCACCAACAUGAUGUACUUGCUGCUCAUCGGGGCACAGGUCCUCCUGGGCAUUGGUGCUACCCCUGUCCAGCCCCUGGGAGUUUCCUACAUCGAUGACCACGUGAGGCGGAAAGAUUCCUCCCUGUACAUAGGGAUCCUGUUUACCAUGCUGGUAUUUGGGCCAGCCUGUGGAUUUAUCUUGGGCUCCUUCUGUACCAAAAUCUAUGUGGAUGCUGUCUUCAUUGACACAAGCAAGCUGGACAUCACCCCGGACGACCCUCGGUGGAUCGGAGCGUGGUGGGGAGGCUUCCUGCUCUGCGGUGCCUUACUCUUCUUCUCGUCGCUGCCCAUGUUCGGCUUCCCGCAGGCGCUGGGGCCGCGGCCGGAGCGCGCCGGGGACAGCGAGCAGGCCAUGCUGCCCGACAGGGACUGCCAGCGCCACAAGCCCAGCAACGGCGUCCUGCGGCACCCGCUCGACGGGGACAGCACCACCACCUCCUGCUUCCAGCAGCUGCGAGUGAUCCCCAAAGUGACCAAGCACCUGCUGUCCAACCCCGUGUUCACCUGCAUCAUCCUGGCAGCCUGCAUGGAGAUCGCCGUGGUCGCCGGCUUCGCCGCCUUCCUGGGCAAGUACCUGGAGCAGCAGUUCAACCUCACCACCUCCUCUGCCAACCAGCUCCUGGGGAUGACAGCAAUCCCGUGUGCAUGCCUGGGCAUAUUCCUGGGUGGCCUCCUGGUGAAGAAGCUCAGCCUGUCUGCUCUGGGAGCCAUCAGGAUGGCCAUGCUGGUGAACCUGGUGUCCACAGCUUGCUACGUGUCCUUCCUGUUCCUGGGCUGUGACACAGGACCUGUGGCAGGGGUUACUGUUCCCUAUGGAAACAACUCAACUCCAACCUCAUCUCUGGACCCAUAUUCCCCGUGCAAUAACAACUGUGAAUGCCAAACUGAUUCCUUCACUCCAGUGUGUGGGGCAGACGGGGUCACGUACUUAUCUGCCUGCUUUGCUGGCUGCAGCAGCACGAACCUCAGUGGCUGCUCGUGCCUCACCUUGGUCCCUCCCGAAAACGCCACCGUGGUUCCUGGCAAGUGCCCCAGCCCUGGGUGUGAAGAGGCCUUCCUGACAUUCCUGUGUGUGAUGUGUGUCUGCAGCAUGAUCGGGGCCAUGGCGCAGACACCGUCCGUCAUCAUCCUCAUCAGGACUGUGAGCCCUGAACUCAAGUCUUACGCUCUGGGGGUGCUUUUCCUGCUGCUCCGGUUGCUUGGUUUUAUCCCACCUCCUCUGAUCUUCGGGGCCGGGAUUGACUCCACAUGUCUGUUCUGGAGCACGUUCUGUGGGGAGCAAGGAGCCUGUGCACUGUAUGACAACGUGGUCUACAGAUACCUGUAUGUCAGCAUUGCCAUCGCCCUCAAGUCCUUUGCAUUCAUCCUGUACACAACCACCUGGCAGUGCUUGAGGAAAAACUAUAAAAGAUACAUCAAGAACCACGAAGGUGGUCUCAGCACUAGUGAGUUUUUUGCCUCUACUCUCACCCUAGACAAUCUGGGGCGGGACUCGGUGCCCCAAAAUCAACCACAUAGGACAAAAUUUAUCUAUAACCUUGAAGAUCAUGAGUGGUGUGAAAAUAUGGAGUCUGUUUUAUAGUGACUGUGGAGGAGUGAACUAUAUUAAUAAUACAAGGGUCCUUUUUAAUAAAAACAAGGAGAGAGCACGAAUGGAAGAAGAAACAACUGCAAAACAGCAACGGCAACACAGGAAACUUUUGUCUUUUUCUCAAAGCCAGACCCAGCCAGGAUUCUUGAGAACAGAGUCUUUUGAUGGGAUCACUUGUGACACCCUGCAGGGUGCAGGAGAAAGCAGGGAGCCCUUGUGGCUGGGCACCAGCCCCUUUGGUGACAGCACGAGCUUCCAAGGAGGGCACCUGCAGAGGUUCCACGGAGAGUUUGGCACGGGGUGUAGAGAAAGCAAGCUGAUAACAGCAGGGUGAUAACAGCAAGGUGAUAACAGCAAUAGGUCCUUUCCCAGUUGGGAUGGGGUGUGUGGAGCCCUGCAGGGCUGGCCAGGCUGGGUGCUGCUCCAACCUGCUGCAUCCACGAUGGCAAAGAGGGAGCGGUGCUGGAGCCCUUCCACCAGUCACACUCUGUCACCAGCCACGAGCCCAGGAUGAAUUCCUUGAAAGCUGCUGGAAACCUUCCCAGUGGCCAGCGAUGCUGUCAGGGGUAUCCAAGUCCUUCCAGGCCUGGCUUAUUCACAGAUUGCAGCUCCUGUGGCUGUCUGUGAAUAACCAGGCUCAGAUCUCAAACCCAGUAGAGUUCAAGACGUUUGCUCACACUUGCCAAACGUGCUGUCAUUUUCAAAGGGGGAUGAGUUCCAAAUACUUAUCUGUGUAGUCCUCUAAUAAGAUGGGUUUUUUUGGAAUUAUUUUCGAGUAUGUGUUAACCCUUAAAUCGCCGACACUUUUCCAUGAGGAGGAUUUAUUUAUGCUAGUUUGGGGAAGGAUCCUGUUUAAUUCACCCAAACGUAAUGUGACUCAAGGGGUUUGUUUAAUCCUCUGCAUUUUUUAUCCAUACGCCUUCAUUCUAAUAUGCUACCAAGCCAAUGAAGACACAUAAUAUGUUUUUAAAGAAGAGAAUGAAUGCACUGUGUCUCUAUAAAAAAACAAUUGUCUGUUGGAGAAUUAUAGAUAAUAUGAUGAUUUACAUAAUAUAGUUUUUUCAUAUUCUAUGUGACUCAGUGAAUACAUAUAUAUGUGGAGAGGCUGUUGAUGUUCUCUCCAGUUUUUAAAGAUAUAUAUAUAUAAUUUGCAAUCUAGAAAUUGUGUGGUGGAUGUUUUCUUUAAAAUAUGUGCGUGUGUGUGUGCGUGCGUGCGUGCGUGUGUGUGUGUACAAGAUGAGAGGAAUACUGACCUUAAUCCUUCAGCCCUCACAACUGGUGUUUUAUUUUUCACCUGAGAAAUUCCACUGACUCUCAGUGGGAGCCAUGUGAGGAAGAUGGAAUAAUCUCUCCUGGAUGCCACAUUUUGUUUGUACAUGGGAAUAGUACAAACAAUAGUCUCUCUGGAAUGCUGGGUUAUGGGAGCAGAGGCUGGCCAGCACUGAGCCGCUCCAGCUUCCAUUCAGCUCCCCACAAAGCAUCCAUGCAGGAGCAGAUUUGGCUUGGCUCCUGCAGUGCAGUCUUACCUAAACAUGCAAAAACCGUGGGGAAACUUUCAUCUGAUUACAAGAAACGUGGGGGUCAGGCUUAUUUUGUAUGCACAUUUUUGUUUUCCAAAACAUUCCUGCUGGGAAGCAAUGCAAAUUGGUGGCAUUUGAUGAGGUUUUUUCCCAGGUACCAGAAUUGUGUCUGAUGGACUAAAUGUCAGAAGGGCUUUAAGGGUUAGCAUCGUAAUUAAGAGUUCCUUUUUUUGUGUGAAUUUUGAAGCUGUUGUGAACUUGAGGAUGUUUAGAGGAGUAAGCUGGCAUGUUGAGUCAAAUGCUGGAUGUCACUUCCAUGCAGGUGGCAGAAGGGCUGAUCUUCCCCAAGUCCUUGUGCAUUUCUGCAGUGGGCACCCCAGAGCUGGCACAAUUACAGAGGGUUGAUAACUUGUCACUCAUGUUCAGCACAUUUUUAGCACACUUUUCUCUUAUCCAGGCUUUGCAACAUGGGUGUAGAGUAUCAAACUGCUUCCACUUGAUUGAAUUUAUACGUGUGCUUGCAGUUUAUGCACAGAAUUACGUGUUCAGCAACAAUAAGGGCAGGAGAAAAGGAUGUAUCCAAUAAACUCCAUUGUGCCAAAUACUCAACAGAUAUUGUAAUUGCAGAUAUGUAAUUCUUGGGUUUCAGCCAUAUUAAGAAUCACUCAAUUGAUGAAGGAGUUUAAGGAAAAAAAAUAUUAAGCUAUGCAGUGUCGUUGUUAUGUUGGGUGGUAAAUGAUGCUUUUUCGACCAUUAUGUUGGUUUAGUAUAUCUGAUCUGCUAAAAUAGAGAAACUGCAUCCAUAAAACAAUGAAUUCAAAAAAGUCACAGGGUGCAUAACUGUCUCAUAAAAUAUAUAUAAUUGUCAAGAAUGAGCCUUUGAAAUCAUUCUGUACAGUUCUCUCCAUUCUGCAGAUUUAUUACUUAGACUGCUGUCUUUCCAAAUGUUAGCUCAUAAUUUUAUACUAUACACACACUUUCAGACUCCAACACAAAUGUCACACAAUAGAACCUUUCUAAAAGCCUGAUUGCUUGAAAUUUCAUAACCCCUUUCACAAUUUCAUGAUUUUCCCCUCUGAAAGUCCAAGGUGAAGGAGAAUAGCAUGCUGAUUGAUAUGAUGUAAAACAAACUCCCAGUGUUCACGAGCUGCAGUUUGUUGCUGCAGUCAAAAGUCUCCCUUGACCGGAGUUAUAGAAACAGGAUUCCAGGGCACAUAACAUUUUCAUUUUUGUUUUUCUUUACUUUUUUCAUUUGAUCUCUUCUCUUAGUAUGUGUGGGAGAUGCAGUUGAAUGGGGUUACUUAUGUUAUUUUUAAGCUGUAACUUGAAAUUCCUGCAUGAUUGUUUUUUUAUUUCUUUUGAUAAUGGAACUCUUGAAAAUCUUUUCCCCCAUCCCACUCUUUUCUUUUUUUUUUUCCCCAGGGUUAGGUCUGAUGCCUGUAUUGUGAAGGGCUUUGCUGUCAGUGCUUUGGUACAGAUUUAAGAACAGAUCUUUAGUUGAAAGAAAAUACACAGACCAAACCCUUCAUCCACACCAGCAGGCAUUUUGGGGUUUUUUUCUGAUUUCAGAACCACAAGCCAUUUUUGCCUGCAACCCAAUUUUUGUUACAGAAUAACAAAGGAAGAGU